CUUCUCCUCAUACACUCACUGUAUCGUUUGAAUGAUGCAAUAAACAUGUGUUUUACAGUGAAAUUCCAUUCAUUGUAUACUUGUAUUACAAUAACAUGUACUUGUUGGCUUCCAAAGUCAGAUACAGUAGUCAGGAGACUCAUAUUAAACGUUUGUUAUUCAUUAAUUUCAGAAAUAAUCUAUUACGACUGUGUUGAUAAGCUAUGGACUACACUACAGAACGCAAAAGAAAACGUAUUUAAAUGUUGCCAGGAAAAUCUCAAGGUGGUUCCAGAUAUACAUUUCUCAAUUCACAAUCGUUUAACAUAAUGGAUGGGUCAGGCUCAUUUACGGGACAAAGUGUACAUACAGAGAGCACUUUGCUGUUAAAGUCAAAUGGUAUUAAAGAGAAAACUUCACAGAAUUACAGAAGCUUGCCGUCCAACUGUAGAAAACUGGCCGUUUUGAUAUCUUGUGUAAUGCAGUUAGUUGUAUGCAGUGGUAUUGGGUAUGGUCUGAGUGUAAUGUAUGCUGAACUUGUCAUUGUCUUUAAUGCAAAGAGGGCUGAUGCUGCAUGGAUACAAAGUCUUUAUGCUGGACUAUCUUGUGCCACUGGUAUAUUUUUUGCAGGAUUCAUAAAAAGAUUUGGUCCAGGUAGAUGUAUCGUUUUCGGAGGUGUCAUGAGUGGGAUAGGGUUGUUUGCAAGCGCAUUUGCAAGUGGUCUUAUUCCUAUAAUCUUAUGGACAGGCGUUUUUGCUGGAGUGACAACAGGAAUAUGCUACUUGGGCGCUUUUAUCGCAACUGGUUUAAUGUUUCCAGAAAAUGCAAGUUUCUAUCUGAUAAGCCUUACCAUUGGCAACAGUCUCGGUCAAUUUAUAGUGCCGCUACUUUUUGAGACAUUUAUAUCGCAAUAUUCGUGGGCAGGGGCGUUUAUUCUUAUUGCUGGAGUAUCCCUACAAUGUGUUCCAUGCGGUAUUAUUAUUCACUACUCUAAACGCUUCUUUCCAAAAGUGAACGUAAGCACUUCUCCAACUUCGAACGCUUUCUGUGACAAAUCAUUACUCAGUGACUUGGUGAUAUGGCUGGUGCUUCUGAAUUUCAUUUUAAAUUCAACGACAGGAAAUGUCGAAGCGUGGUUUAUUGUUGAUCAUAUGAUAUCACGUGGAUUUCCACGAGAAUCUGGUUCCAUUACGGUAUCUGUACUAGGAAUAGGUAACUGCCUCGGUCGGGUAGUUGGAGCUAUACUGAGGUUUCAUUGCGUGAAUUUUCCGACAAUUAACCAUUGGAUAUAUCUGUGCCUUAUCAAUGCUGGUUUACACGCAAUUAUAAUUAAUCUUUACGACUACUGGUCAAUACUCGUAUCUUGUUUUGUAUUUGGAAUCUCCUUCGGUACAACUGUUGCACAGACUCCAGCUAUAAUGUAUGAAGGCACUGGACUAGACAGAUACCCUCAAGGAAUGGCCUUAGUCAAUAUCAUGUGCGGGUUAGGCAAUAUGUUUGGUCCAUUAUUAGGAGGAUUAAUAAAGGAUGUACUUGGAUCUUACGAUGUCUCAUUCUAUUUGUCGUCUGGUGUUGGUGUAUAUAUCAGCUUAAACACAUUAAUUGUUGCAUUCUUAAUGAGACGACGACGGCGGGCUGACUCGGCGAACUCGGUCAAAUAUUCACUUGUUGAAUCAAAGUAACUUGCAACCAUCUAUUCUAUCAAACUGAGGCACUUUUAUUCUUACAUUUUAAAAAUAACACAACUGCUGUCGUCAGGAAGCCGUUAAGUGUGCCCAUACUUGUAUUCUUAUAUUUCAUCGAUACUAGUAUGGUACAAUAUGCAGCACAUUCAAAAUUCGCUUGCAUGAAAUAAGACUGUGCCUGUUGUGGCUGUCUUGACUUGUUGAAAACUGAAAGAAGCAAAAUGUGUAUAAAGCAAAUGUGUUUUAAAAGAACUAAUAUAGCAUUCUAUACUAUAUUUCAAACGGCACACAAUUCCAUUUAUUAUAUGACUCCUUAUAUUAAUCGCUGGUCAAUAUUUUGUGACAUUUACCAGUCUACAGUUCAACAAAUUUUACUUGACUAGUCAACUAUUGAAGAAAAAAUAUAAAAAAAAAAUAUGUAUUUCUGAUGUCAUGCAAUAAAACACAUAAGAUGACUAAUCGGUCAACAGCCGAAGCUAAAGCUAUCGACUCGCGGUACGAAUAAAUCACUGGUAGGAAGGAAAGAGGCCGUCUAAAAUCUAUUUAACAGUGUAGAGACAAAUGAGCUUGUUUAAAAAUGCUCUUUUUUACAAAUUCACAAUUAAACUUUGUACAUGAAUAUUUAAAUAUGACAUAUCGCCACCUGUCGAAAGUUAUAGAUUAUGCGGUUGCAUGUACAAAUGUUUAAUAAAAUGCAUAACCACA